UCUAUCAUGGUUUAUUUUGUUGAUAUUGAAGUUGUGUGAUAUAGAAAUGGAGUCAUUAGGAAUAAGUUGCAUAUUGUAUUUUCCCUUGGUUAUAUAUAGAGACUGGAAAUUAUAGUUUUGGUUAUAGAGGAUCGAAUUUCAAGGUGCAGAGAAUUUGUGAAGUUGACUUUGGGUGUUGAUGGAAGUUUAGGAGGAUAUAUGGGCAAAGAUGCUUGAUCUAAAAAAUAAUCAAUGUAGUUCCUGAUUUUGUGGUUUAACUUUUAGCUUUGAGGGGGAAGAAUUUGUGCCUGUUUUUUGCUGCCGCCUUCUUUAUUUUUCUUUUCAAAUAAAUAAAUAUAAUAUCCAAAUCCAAUAUAACUCUAUUUGAAAAUAGAAAUCUUAAUAUCGUAGUACAACAAUACAGUUGUAAAACUAAACCAAACAUGCCCAUUUCCUUUGUCUUACUCAAAAAGAAUCCCGCAAGUUCCUUGCAUUCAUUCAUUGAUUGUUACAUUCCAUGAUACCUGUUUUGUGUGAUUUCCCAUUUUAUCGAGCAUGGCAUGCUUUUAAACCAUAACAUUAAAUAGCUCUGCCUCAAGAAUGAAACAUGGCCAUGCCAUGCAAAUUGUUUUUCCGAAAUCCCCCAGAUGGUCUUCUUGAGAUAUCUGACAGGGUCUAUGGUACCUUUUUUACCUCCUUAAUUUUAUUACAUCCGCAUAUUUUGGAAUAUAAAACAAAAAUAAAAAUUACAUCGAAUGCACCAUGAUGCAAAAUCUCCACUACCAUUGUGCAUCUCUUUGGUUGAAUUUUUCCAGAAAAAGGCAGGGAAAAAUAUAAUACAAUGAAGAGUCAUAAUUAUCUACUUAUAUUAUUGAUUAUUGUUGUGAUUGUAGUUUUUAAUUGUUGUUUCAACAUUCGAUGUGAUUGGAGAGACGAAUCUUACGAAGUCUACGUGAACGGGAUUGUUGGUCAAUUUCGAGAGAAUGUGCCUAACGCUUCCAUUAUGGUAUGCAAUUUUCGCGAGGAAAACACUAAAAGCAAGUUGGAUAACAUAUUCUCUAAGCAUGAAAUUAAUCUCAUGAACUAUCCUUGCCACCACCAUGGUUUCCCUAUGCUCAAAUUGGAGGCCAUACAUCAUUUUCUAAAUUCAUGUGAUAGUUGGCUCUCACAUGGGCAAAAUAAGGUGUUGUUAAUGCAUUGUGAGCGUGGUGGCUUGCCAGUUUUGGCCUUCAUGUUGGCUGCAUUGUUGAUUUUCUUGAAACAAUAUGAAGGGGAGCAGAGGACGUUAGAUAUGGUUUACAAGCAGGUACGUCGUGAUUUUUUACAAUCCUUAACAAUGGUGAAUCCAAUCCCUUCCCAAUUGCGGUAUUUACGAUAUGUUUCCAAGACCAAUAUGGCCUUUGAUUGGCCUUCAUUGGAUAGGACACUUAGGUUGGACUACAUCAUUAUGACAUUUCUUCCAAACUUUAAUGAGAAUGGUGGAUGUUUUCCAAUAUUUAGAAUUUAUGGCGAAGAUCCCUUUCUUGUUGACAAGAAUCCUAAGAUCCUAUACUCAACACCAAAGAGUCCCAAAAACAUUCAAGCUUAUAAACAGGGAGAGCGUGAUGAUAAAAUCAAAGUCAAUAUCAACUGUCGGAUUCAAGGUGAUGUGCUGAUUGAAAGUGUUAAUUUGGAUAGUGACUUGGAAAAUGAACAGAUGAUAUUCCAAACGAUGAUUAACACAAAUUUCAUUAGAUCUAAUUUGUUGAUGCUUAAUCGGGAGAAAAUUGAUAUUUUGUGGGAUGCAAAAGAUCGCUUCCCAAGGGAUUUCAAACUAGAGAUAACUUUCACAGAGAAAGAUGUUGCUCCAAAGACUGAGUCAUCCUCUAGCUUUGAGGAAAGGGAGGGAUUACCAAUUGAAGAAUUUACCAAAGCCAAAGAGAUUUUUAACCAUGGAGAUUGGACGAGUCCUAAUGAUGAAGAUCACACAGUAAAUGAUACUAACACAAUCAAUGAUACCUCAAUUUCACCACAAACACCUCCAUUGAGGUCUCCCAGAAGUGAUAAAAAUGUUGAUGAGUCUCUUCCUCAUCAAUUGCAUUCAAAAUCACAAAAUCCUAAUACUGAUGUAACAAGACCUGAUUUGUUGCUUUCACAGCAAAAAAUCCAACCCCCACUGGAUCAAAUUAGAGCUCCUCUAUCCCCACCAACUCCUCCAAAGAAUGAAACAAUUGUAAGAGUUGGAUCCCCUCUUUCUCCUCCAACUCCAAAUGCUACAAUGCCUACUACCACCCCACCUCCGCCGCCAACGCCACCCCCGGUUGGAGACCAUUACGCUAACAAUGGUUUUCCAACUUCAUUGUGUAUUGGUCGUGGAAAGAAUGACACUGGCAAUCACACGAUGCAUUCAAUGAGUAACACCAAAAAGUUAAAAACAUUGCAUUGGUUAAAAUUAUCUCGAGCAGUGAAAGGAAGUUUGUGGGCUGAGGCACAAAAAUCUGGUGAAGCUUCCAAGACACCAGAUAUUGAUAUGUCUGAGCUUGAAAAUCUCUUCUCAGCAAUAACACCAAGUUUAGGCCAAGCAAAGAAAUCAAAGAUCCAAAACUUAGUUACACCAAAAUCUGAUAAAGUGCAACUGAUUGAACAUACACGAGCAUAUAAUUGUGAAAUCCUUCUCUCAAAAGUGAAAGUCCCGUUGAAGGAUUUAAUGAGCUCAGUUUUAGCAUUAGAAGAGACAGCAUUAGAUAUUGAUCAGGUUGAGAACCUGAUAAAGUUUUGUCCAACAAAGGAAGAGAAGCAAGUACUUAAGGAUUAUGACGGAGACAAGGAAAAAUUGGGGAGAUGUGAACAGUUCUUCUUAGAGUUGAUGAAAGUUCCAAGGGUAGAAUCCAAGCUGAGAGUUUUUUCAUUCAAGAUUGAAUUCAACACUCAGGCUUAUGACCUUAGAAAUAACAUCAAUAUUGUUAAUGCUGCUGCAGAAGAGAUCAAAAACUCUGUCAAAUUAAGAAGAAUCAUGCAAACAAUACUUUCUCUGGGAAAUGCUCUAAACCAAGGAACUGCAAAAGGUUCUGCCAUUGGAUUUAAAUUAGAUAGUCUUCUUAAACUCUCAGAGACACGUGCACGGAAUACAAAGAUAACUCUCAUGCAUUAUCUUUGUAAGGUUUUGGAAAAUAAGCUUCCAGAAGUUUUAGACUUCACAAAUGAUCUUCCGAAUUUAGAGCCAGCAACAAAGAUCCAAAUGAACUUCCUUGCAGAGGAGAUGCAAGCAGUAAGUAAAGGAUUAGAAAAAGUUGAGCAUGAACUACUAACUUCAGAAAAUGAUGGUUCUAUAUCAGAAAUUUUCUGCAAGAAUCUGAAAGAGUUCCUACGUUCUGCGGAUGUUGAAGUCCGUGCAUUGGCUUCGCUAUAUUCUAUUUUGGGUAGGAAUGUGGAUGCCUUAAUUAUUUAUUUUGGAGAAGAUCCAUCUCGCUGCACUUUUGAGCAAGUUGUCACAACAUUGCACAACUUCACUGGAAUGUUUUGUAAAGCCCAGGAAGAGCACUUCAAGGAGCUUGAGCUUGAAAUGAAGAAAACAAAAGAAAAAGAUAAAAAGAAAUACAAAAAGAUAAAAAGAAAUACCAAUCAAAACUGUCACUAGCGAAUACCGAUACCAAUUUACACUAACCAUGCCAAUUAAAUGAUGAUUAAAUGAACAACAAUCUUUUAGAAUUAGUACAAGUGAAUGUGCAUUGAUGGUUUAUUUGUUGUACAAAUAACACUAAUAAUAUAGCUAGU